AGAACCAAAAAUUAAGUUAUUAUACACGAUAAUAGAAAGAAGACUAAUUAAAUCUAGCGGGAAAGCCGCCAUAUUGAUUUAAUUCGCCUCCGCCACUAUCAAAUGGUGUUCGUUUCAAUGUCCUCGUCAUUUGUAUGUCAGUUUGCCUACCCUGUAGCGGGAUUCUGUAAUUUCUUAACGACGAUAAUCGUUAUCGUUACUUAACGACAAUUGUCGCUUGCGCGACCAACGAUCGUUAUUGUAGGUGAUUCUGUAUCAUGGCUUUAACGAUUGUAAUCGUUGCAAAAAUCGUAACAGACAUAUCGAAAUAGUUCGAUAAAUGUGCAACGUUGUCAGACUUCAAGCAAUAAAAAUCUAGUAAUUUUCUAGAGAAUUUAUGAACGCGACGCACGAAACUUAUUUAUGGAUAGACUUCAUUCAGAUUAGUCUAUGGUUUUCAAUCAAUUUGUGAGUGACGGUUAACCGGGUUAACCUAUAGAGGAUCUCAUUGAUAAGAAAUUUUUGUCUUUUGUGACCUUUUCAACAAUAUUUUUGCCACUCGUGUAUAAAUUAAUCAAUAAAGAAAUGUCACAGUCAAUCCUAUAUAGCAAAAAAAGAAGAACUGCACGAGCUUCACAGUUACAGUUGACAAAAAUGAUUGAUUUUUUUUACUUAAAUAAGGGUCUCGCAGAAGGAGAGUUAAAUACUCUACAUGGAAAAGAAGAAUCUCAGCAAAAGUGGAAAGAAUUAGCAAAUGAAUUGAAUUCUUUUCAAGGAGCGACAAAAAUGGUUGAACAAUGGUUUGGAGGGACUUAAAAAGUCGUACUUCUAUUAAAGUUAAAGAUCUGCGGAAGGUGAAAAGAUUGACAGGGAAUAAAGCUAUUACACUAACAGAUUUGACGGAACUUGAACAACGUGUAAUUGGAGUGAUAGGAGGCAAGUACGUUGAAGGAAGUAAAUGUGCAGACAAUAUCCCUGAUGAGGAGAAUUUGCUGGAAGAACUUGAACAUGGAAACAAUUCAGUUUUAUCAGAGAUUCCACAAGUAAUAAGUGUUUGUACAAAUAUCUCAGAGGUUUCUCAAGUCUCACAAGAUUUAAAUGCUAAUUCUUUGGAUAAUAUCGAUUUAUAUGAUAAGGACUUAAUUCUCGAUUCUGUUUCCGACGACUGUUUAUUUGAGAAUAACUCUUCAGAACAUAACGCAAUAAUUAGAAUUGAAGAUAACAUUGAUGUUACUCAGAAUCUCGCUAACUGUGAUUUAAGAAAGGCUCCAAAAAAUAUAUCUUUUAGUACAAUAAAAAAUACUCAGUCUCCAUCAUUAAGGCCAGCAAAACAAUCUUCACCAAAAAUUAAUGUGCUAACUUCGAGAAAAUUUAAUCGAGUUACAUCGUCUGGAUCAUUGAAGAAGCACUUCCAAUUCAUUGCUCAGAAACAGGCCGAUGCUGAAUUUAUACAUGCUGAGUCUGCCAAAAUUCAAGCAGAGGCAUCUAAAAUGAACGCACUCGCAAUAACUGAAAUUGCACAUGCAAUAACAAAGUUAGCAGAUACUGCUGCUGUACAAGCCAUUAAUGACAAUGAACGAAUACAAGUAUUUAACAAACUUACAACAGUCUUAGAAAAUCUGGCACCUACUUAUCUUAACGAAUAAUUUCAAUAUUAUGUGAUCUCUCAGUUAUAGUUUAUUUUGUCAUAUAUACUUCAAAAAUUUUUUUUAAAACAAAUAGUUCCUGGAGAAUUCAAGACUGCAAGAACUUUUCUGCUAAAUUUGAUUCGUCGUAACGUACAUUGCAAUUUUUUAAGUAUAAUCUAAUCUAUAGUACUUACAAUUAUUAUUAUUUGUAUUCAAUAAUUUGUGUUAUUUGAAUAUGAGUACAUUAACGAUAAACAAUAUUGCAAUAUUAAGUUAAAUUUUAGGAUAAACCGAGUUGUAUUUUGUACUUUUAUGAAGUUUUAUUAUGUAUACGUUACAAUACGUACAAACGCAAAGUUGUGAUAUUACUAUAAGGAUAUAUUACCAAAGAAAUAUAUAAUAAUAUAUAGUAACGUAUUUUAAAGCAGAUUUGUUUCUUUUCCAAUUA